AUGUGGACCGUCUCGCAGAUCCGGCCCACCACGCAGCUUGUGGACCUGGGGCUCCCGUUCCCCGAGCCCGCGUCCUUCGAGGUGCUCCUCGGCAGCGGCGAGUACCUGGCCAUGCUGCGCGUGGCCGGCCCCUACGGCCAGCACACCCAGCAGACACUGGUCGUCGUCCACAAGAACAACAUCCCCGUCGCAAACGCCGGCGGCCCCUACACCGGCUACGUCGGGCGGCCCGUCAAGGUCAGUGCAGAGCGCAGCGCAGACGCCGACAAGGACCCCUUGAAGUUCCAUUGGACCCUCGGACUGGCCGACAGCGACAACUCGAUCGCCGAGGUCUACGACAUGGACACGAGCUUUACCGUGAACCGUGUCGGCGAGUAUGUGCUGACGCUGGAGGUUGACGACGGCCGCGGCGGCGUCAGCGCGACGCAGACAGACCUGCUCGUGCUGCCGGCGUCGUACGCGCCGCCGCUGACGGGCGUGACGGCGGCGAGCAACGGCGGCUCCAGCGGCAGUGGUGUCGUCCAGGUGGCUGCGGAGGCGGCGCCGCCGAUGCUGCCCCCUGCGGUUGCUGUCAGCCGCCCGGCCCUUGGUGGCGCGCCGGUGCUGGGGCAGGGCCCGCUCACGCUGCGGCUCCCGGGCCACCGCCAGCAGCAGCAACAGCAGCAGCAGCAGCAGGGCGUCUUGUCAGCCACCACUCUUACAGCCCAGCCGCUGGGCCAGGCUUCUGUGGUCCACCCCUCAAGGGCAUCAUGGCCAGAGAUCAACCCCCGCCCUGUCAUCUAUCCGUCCCAGAUGGGCAUGCGGCAGACGCAAGGGCAGCAACAGCAAGGCCUUCAACAGGUGUCGAGCAUUGUCACGCCGCUGUACGCACCGCCAAACCAAGCCCAGGUGCUGAGCAGCUACCAGCCCAGGGGGCCCUUCACAACCGCGGCAGUGGGCCCCACCACUGCCGCCAUCCAGGCAUCGGCGGUUGAUCCCUCCACCCGGGUUGUUGAUGCGAUACCUGACGACUCAGCACCGCCUAUAGUCGUUGCUGCCGCGGCUCCAAAUUAUGCGUUGCAACAGCAGCAGCAGCAGCAGCAGCAGCAGCAGCAGCAGCAGCAGCAGCAGCAGCAGCAGCAGCAGCAGCAGCAGCAGCAGCAGCGGCCACCUGGAGCCGGCCCUCUCCUGCCGCCCCCGGGCGGGCGGCCAGCGAUGGUGUCACCGAUGGCUGAGUCGCUGCCCACGGCCCCCAACACGCCGAGCGCCAACCUUACACCCCAGUGCCUCUUUGACAAGACCACUGGUGUUGGUGUGUACGCCUAUGACAUCAUGUCUAUGCCGCCGCUCACGAACCUGGCUGCGUGGACCAACCAGGAGUGGCGUGACUGCACCUCCGGCCCCAUCAAGCCUCUGGGCGCAGGGGCCGGCGCCGGCGCAGGCGCUGGUGGCGCCGGCAACAGCACGUUGCUGGGGCUGCCGGUUUUGAGCGCGGCGAUCGCUGAGCCUGGCGCGGUGGUGUCGACCGGCGGCAACCACACGGGGAAGGUGACCCUGGAUGCGACGGGUAGCACGCAGGCGCCCCUGCGGCCGAUCCUGAUGUAUUCCUGGUCGAUCAAGCGGCUGCCAGACGGCUUGGUGGUUGCGGCCACAGGCGGCAAGCAGACGAGCGUGUGGCUGCGCACCGGCGUGUACGCGGCGCAGCUCACGGUGACGGAUCUGAUGGGGUCAUCCGCGACGGCGAGCAAGGUGUUUGCGGUGUGGCCGGUCACGCAGACGACGGCGGUCAUCAGCAGCCCGCCAGAGUUUGUGCCCGCGGGCGCCGCCGACACGACGCAGUUCCUGAUGUCGGCCAACGGCACCCUGCCAGCGCCUGCCCGCAACCUCACCUACUUUGCCUGGCGCGUGGUGUCCAUCCCCGACUCACGCGUCGUCGCCAGCGUCGCCGGUUACGCUGGCUAUCUGAAACUGCCGGUCGGCAAGUACCAGAUCCAGAUGGUGGCUGUGGACAGCGGUGGCGGCAACGCUACGGCGUCCAAGGAGUUUGUGAUCGGCGCCAGCAGCGACCCAGGCAACCCCGACCCCGCCGCCGCGGCUGUCGCGGCGAUCUCGCUGCCGCCGCCGCUGGUGCCGCAGGCGGCGGGGUCCGGCCUGACGCGUGUCGCGCUGGACUCUGCCGGGUCGUCCUCGGCUCAAGGGGCGCGGAUGGCCAACGCUUUGUGGGCGGUGGUGAGCCUGCCGGGGCGCACGCCGGCGGCAAACGCGACGGGACCAAAGGGCGAGGUCUGGCUGCUGCCUGGGGAAUACCAGGUCGGGCUGCUCGUCAGCGACUCUGCCGGCAACACCGCCACGGCUCGAAAGACCUUCACCAUCGCCGCCCCGCCCAGCUCCGGCCCCACUCUCCCCCCCGGCCCCGGCACUGUCACCAUCGCCGGCGUCGGCGGCGCCGGCCCCGCCGCCCCGGCCGGCGGCAGCGGCCCCGCCAACUCGCCGCCCGUCAUUGCGGCCGGCCUCUCGUACAACGUGACGCCAGCCGAGAGCUUCUCGGUCAGCGGCGUAGUUGACCCUGACGGCGACAGCGUGGCUCUCAAGUGGACACUCAUGGAGGAGUCCACCGGCGAGACACGCGCCGGCAGCGGCCCCAAGGUCGACCUCGGCCCCGGGGCGCAGCCGGGCGACUACCAGCUGCUGAUCACAGCAGAGGACGGCCGCGGCGGCGUGAGCGAGGCGGUCGCGCGGGUGGCGGUGCGGCCCGACGCGCCGGCGGGCAAAGAGGCGGCGCCUGCGGUGGGCGGCGGCGGUGCUGCGGCGGCCUCGGUAAUCACGACGGCGCCGGCAAUCUACGGCUCCAAGCUGGCAGCCGUCCCGAAGCUCCCGUCCCUGACCUUCUACCAGGGGGCUACGCUGGACGUCGACGCCGCCGCCAGUGGGCUGUUUGACCUCAGCGCCGCAGGCUGGCAGGACCAGCUCGCGGGGUCCGCCUGCGUCUGGACGCUGGAGGGGCCUCGUGCGGGUGGCGCCAAAGUGUAUGGCUGCGGCGCGCCGGCGCGCUUCAAGCUGGCGGCGCCAGGCACGUUUGAGUUGCUGUUGGAGGUCACCCCUGGCGGCGGCGGCAAGGUGGCGCGCGCCUCCUCGGCGAUCACGGUGGUGGCAAAGCCGCUCUGGAGCGAUUACUACACCGCGGCGUCGCCCGAGGGCUUUGCAGCCGGCCGCUGCGGCCAGGGCUACUUUUCGGGUGCCGAGUUUGCCCCGCUGGCGCUCUCGUGCGGCGGUGUCGGGCUGCCAAAGGGGUGGGGUGCGGAGCAGGGGCUGGACGCGGCGGCGGGCCCCCAGCGGCAGCUGUCCUUCUCUUGGAGGCUCACCCCCCUGACGCCGCGCGCCGCCGCCGCCCACAAGGCGCCGCUCGCGCGCUCGUCCGCGGGCGGCGCCGCGGCGGCGUUUGGCGCGGCGGCGCCGGGGCUGUACCGAGCAGAGGUGGUCGGCGCGGCCGGCGGCGCGGGCGGGGGCAGCACCUCUUCGGUCAACACCGUCUACUACCUCUCUACCCUCCUUAUCGUGGAGCCCACGGCAAACCUGACCCUCGAGAUUCCACCGACCUCCUGCGCCGGCCUGCCAGUGACGCUCGCGCCCACACCCCUUGCGCUGCUCCCCGGCCAGUCAGCGGCCCCAGCGCAGUGGGACGUGUCGUGGGCGGACGGCGUGGCGGCCACGGGGCGGCCCGUGGCGCUCAGCGGUAGCGGCGGCAGCUUCACGUUCGCGACCCAGCCCGGCAAGUACCCGGCCACGGUGACCGUCGACGUCGCUGACGGCAGCGUCACCCGCCAGCUGACGGGGCGCGGCACGGUCAGCGCCAAGGCCUGCUUCCGCUGCACGGGGCGCAACGUCACGAUCGUCACGGCGCCAGACGCGUGCCGCGCGGCGCCGGAGGAGGCCCUGAAGUUGAUGGAGCAGCCGCCCGCCUGGCUGGCGUCCGCCAAGGUCGACUUUGCACCCGGGUCGGACCUGUCACCCGGCACCCGCGCGCUGGCCGUCACCGCGCGGUCACUGUCCAGCGGCGUCGUGACGCGCUGCACGGUGCACAACGUGACGGUCGCCGACGCGACGCCGCCGCGGGUCGCCCCCAAGAAGGCCGGCGGGGAGUGCGUUGGGCCGGCCGACGGCAAGUGGGCAUGCUGGCCGCUGCCAGAGCUCGUGACAGCCGAGGACGCGUGCUCCGGCCCCGAGCGCCCGCUGCAGUUCCAGGCGAGCUGCGGCGCAGGCGCGGGGCCGGACGCGUGCAGGGUGCUGCCCGACGGCCGCGCCUGCGUGCGCGCCGACGCGGGCGGCGGCGCAGGCGGUCGCACCCUGGGGAUCAGCGUGCUUUUCAGGGACGCCUCGGGCAAUGCCAUGGCCGAGCCGGUGACGGUGCCCAUCAGCAUCCGGCGGGACGGCGCGCCCGGCUGUGCGCGGGCAUCGCUGGAUGCGGCGCCGUGA